GCUGGAAGGAGACGGCGUCGACGUCUGGCUCGGUUCGCUGCGUCUUACCUUGCCGAAGCGCGCUCUUGCUUCGGCCCUCGGAACCUGUGCCAGGCUUUUCGGCCCCGGGGCCUGGAAGGAGGCUUAUCCAGGCGGCUCGAGAACGAAACCGGGCGCCUAAGUACCUCUCGUCAUCCACUCAGCGCCAUGUCCUGGAUGUUCAAGAGAGAUCCUGUUUGGAAGUACUUGCAGACUGUCCAGUACGGAGUCCAUGGAAAUUUUCCACGCCUCUCAUAUCCAACUUUCUUUCCUCGUUUUGAAUUCCAAGAUAUUAUUCCUCCAGAUGAUUUCCUAACGAGCGAUGAAGAGCUAGAUUCAGUUUUAUUUGGAACUUUGAGAGGUCAUGUAGUUGGACUACGCUAUUACACAGGAGUAGUUAAUAAUAAUGAAAUGGUUGCAUUGCAACGAGAACCCGAUAACCCUUAUGAUAAGAAUGCAAUUAAAGUAAACAAUGUGAAUGGAAAUCAGGUCGGCCAUAUAAAGAAAGAUCUUGCAGCUGCCUUGGCCUAUAUCAUGGACAACAAAUUGGCUCAAGUUGAAGGGGUAGUUCCUUUUGGUGCAAACAAUGCUUUUACCAUGCCUUUGCAUAUGACUUUUUGGGGAAAAGAAGAAAAUAGAAAAGCAGUUUUAGAUCAGUUGAAGAAACAUGGAUUUAAAUUGGGUCCUGCACCAAAAACUUUAGGAUUCAGUUUGGAAAGUGGUUGGGGCUCUGGAAGAGCGGGACCAAGCUAUAGUAUGCCAGUUCAUGCUGCAGUACAGAUUACAACUGAACAGCUUAAGACAGAGUUCGACAAAUUGUUUGAAGAUUUAAAGGAAGAUGAUAAAACUCAGGAAAUGGAACCAGCUGAGGCUGUUGAAACACCAUUGCUUCCACAUCAAAAACAAGCUCUAGCUUGGAUGGUUUCACGGGAAAACAGUAAAGAACUUCCACCAUUCUGGGAACAGCGAAAUGACUUGUACUAUAACACAAUAACAAAUUUUUCUGAAAAGGACCGACCAGAAAAUGUUCAUGGAGGAAUUUUAGCUGAUGAUAUGGGUUUGGGCAAAACUCUGACAGCCAUUGCAGUGAUUCUUACCAACUUCCAUGAUGGCAAAUCUCUUCCUAUUGAAAGAAUUAAGAAAAAUCAGCUGAAGAAGGAAUGUAAUGUUUACGAUGAAUCUAUGAAACUUGGAGGGAACAAUACCAGUGAAAAGGCAGAUGGACUAAUCAAAGGAUCUAGAUGUAGUGGAGAACCCAGUAUUUCAGAUGACAAGGGAAAGAAUAAAUAUCCCAAGUCAGAAUUCUCUAGCUCCCGCCCCAAAAGGAGAAAAACUGCGGUACAGUACACUGAAAGCAGCGAUUCAGAGGAAAGUGAAACAAAUGAAUUGCCACAGAAAAUGAAAGGCAAACUGAAAAAUACACAGUCAGAGACUAAAAUCAGAGAAAAAGCAGGAUCAUCUAAGGUUAAAGAAGAUGCAGAGUUUGCAUGUGCACUUACUUCAUCUACCCCUGCAACCAAAAAGAAAAUGUUGAAAAAGAGAGCAUCUGCAGUGGAGAGUUCAAAGAAAACUGAUACUGAAGAGAGACCAAGAACAACACUGAUCAUCUGUCCACUUUCUGUGUUAAGCAACUGGAUUGACCAGUUUGGACAACAUAUAAAAUCAGAUGUGCACUUGAAUUUUUAUGUUUAUUAUGGUCCUGAUCGUGUUAGAGACCCAGCCUUGCUUUCGAAACAGGAUAUUGUUUUGACUACAUAUAAUAUUUUAACUCAUGACUAUGGAACUAAAGCUGAUAGUCCACUACAUAGCAUACGGUGGCUAAGAGUGAUCCUGGAUGAAGGACAUGCCAUACGAAAUCCAAAUGCUCAGCAGACAAAAGCUGUACUUGAUUUAGAGGCAGAAAGAAGAUGGGUAUUGACAGGCACUCCAAUUCAGAAUUCUUUAAAAGACUUGUGGUCUCUUCUUUCCUUCUUAAAACUUAAACCAUUUCUUGAUAGAGAAUGGUGGCAUAGAACAAUACAGCGUCCUGUCACAAUGGGAGAUGAAGGUGGACUUAGGCGUUUACAGUCCCUAAUUAAAAAUAUUACACUUAGAAGAACAAAGACAAGCAAAAUUAGAGGAAAACCUGUUUUGGAGUUACCAGAACGUAAAGUAUUUAUUCAGCACAUUACACUUUCAGAUGAAGAGAGGAAGAUUUACCAGUCUGUGAAAAAUGAAGGCAGAGCUACUAUUGGAAGGUAUUUUAAUGAAGGGACUGUCCUUGCACACUAUGCAGAUGUCCUGGGUCUUUUGCUUAGAUUGCGGCAGAUUUGUUGUCAUACUCACCUUCUUACAAACGCAGUGUCUUCCAGUAGUCCCUCAGCCUUUUCUCUAGGAAAUGAUACACCUGAAGAACUACGAAAGAAGUUAAUAAGGAAGAUGAAGUUAAUUCUGAGCUCAGGUUCUGAUGAAGAAUGUGCAAUUUGCUUGGAUUCUUUAACGGUUCCUGUCAUAACACAUUGUGCACACGUCUUUUGUAAACCCUGCAUUUGCCAGGUCAUUCAGAAUGAGCAGCCACAUGCUAAAUGCCCUUUAUGCAGAAAUGAUAUACAUGGAGACAAUUUAUUAGAAUGUCCUCCAGAAGAAUUGGCAUGUGACACUGAGAAAAAGCCUAAUAUGGAAUGGACAUCCAGUUCGAAGAUUAAUGCUCUAAUGCAUGCAUUGAUUGACUUAAGAAAGAAGAACCCCAACAUAAAAAGUUUAGUUGUUUCUCAGUUUACAACAUUUCUGUCUUUAAUAGAAACACCACUCAGAGCCUCUGGAUUUGUGUUUACUCGUUUGGAUGGUUCUAUGGCCCAAAAGAAAAGAGUUGAAUCAAUUCAGUGUUUUCAAAACACUGAAGCAGGAUCUCCAACUAUAAUGCUUCUAUCCUUAAAAGCAGGUGGAGUUGGUUUGAAUCUUUCUGCAGCUUCUCGAGUAUUUUUAAUGGAUCCAGCCUGGAAUCCAGCUGCUGAAGAUCAGUGCUUUGACAGAUGCCAUAGACUUGGCCAAAAGCAAGAAGUCAUUAUCACGAAAUUCAUUGUGAAGGAUUCUGUUGAAGAAAAUAUGCUGAAAAUACAAAACACAAAGAGAGAACUUGCAGCUGGAGCCUUUGGAACUAAAAAAGCAGAUGCUAGUGAAAUGAAACAAGCUAAAAUUAAUGAAAUCAGAACUUUAAUUGAUUUAUAAUUUGUGGGAUUUGGUAAGGUCAGUUUAAUUAGAUAUAUACAGAAGUUUUGGAAAUGCGAAAAAUAGUUUUAGAAAUGAGGUCUAGAGUAUAUCUUCUAAAAGGAGCAUAUCAUUUUAUAUUAGUGAAGAGGUAUUACUAAUACAUAAUCUCCUUCUAUAUAUGAACCUAUUUUUAAUGACAGUUCAGGUAGCAAUAAGUUCUGUUAUAUACUGUGGCCUAAAAUAAUUUUUUGAGACAAAAAGUUACUUUUAUUCAACUUUUCAUAUUACCUAUGCUGAGUAUUUUCAUAUGUCUUCCAAGUACUCAGCUUUUUCAUAUUUCAGAUAAGGUCAAACCUUUUAUACUUUUGACCAAAUAGUUAUUUUCUAUGUUGGACACAUUUGGUUAUUCACCAAAGUCUCCCAUUUGUGAUGCUGUGGAUUCAGUCCAUGUAAACGAUUAAUAUGUGCACAGACUAUACAAGAGAUUGAUUUUAUUGGACCUUCAAAAACCAUAUUUGCAUUCCAGAACCUUAAAUGAGAGACCAAAGUCCAGGUUAGCAAGUUACUUGUUUUUUUUUUUUGGUUUGGCUUUGUUCAUGUAUGUGUAUGUAUGUGUUUUGUUUUUGUUUUACAGUGUCAUUGAGAUAAAAUUCACAUAAGUGACUUACAAUUUUAUGUUCAUGAAAAUUGGGGAUUGCGUUAGAGCACUAUUUUCUCCGUUUUAGUCAGGUGGUACCAUUCUUUUUGUUUAAAUGUAACUUGAUGUAUUAGUGUGUAAAUACAGUCUGUGGGGGUGAGAAGGAACCAGUUCUGCCCAAUUUGAUUUGAAUAUUUAAAUUACGGAAUUGCUGAAUAGAUAUUUCUAUAUAUAGAUAAUUCUUAUUUAUGUAGUUUAAAAAAAAUAACUAUAAAUUUUUAUAAUUCAGAAGACUACUAUAUGUGAGAGGCAUGAUAAUCUGGAUGGAAGUUGGGCUGGAUGACAUCCAAAAUUGUUUCAACUUUUAAAGACAUCUUAAUCCCUGAAUGGAAAAUUUUCUUUGUUAUUGUGUUUAGAAUCAGAAUUUGAUUUUGGAACUUCAGUAAUUCACCCUUACAUCUAUCUGUAGAAUUACUCAUCUUUUUCCUACUUUUGUUAAUAAUCAAACUCACGGUAGUUGCCACAGAAUCCUGGAUGACUGUUUUAGUCACAUUUAAAACAAACUAUAAAUUUAUCAGUCAGGUUAGGUAGUCAGUGUUAUUUUUUUCCUUAAGGAAUCUUUUUUUUUAAUCCAAAGAAAGAAGAAAUUACUUACUAUAAUAGAAGCUUCAUGUUUGAUGAUACAAAUUUAAGAACCUUAUAUUUUACUUACAGUGUUGGAAGUGACUUGACUGAAAGAUAAGAGGAGAUUGGAGGCAGCGUUGUAUUCUAGGGCACGCAAUCUUAGAUUUAGCACAUACCUUAGCAGCAAAAUUCUUCUUCUCUGUGCCCUGUCCUUUGCUCCAAAGGAACAGUGGAUCAGACAGCAAGAAUCUUCCCAGUCCCUUUUCUCUUCGGCAGCAGGUGAGGUAGAGGGCUGAUGCAAAGGACAAACAGACCUUUCUGCAGGGAUGAGAGUGGAAUAAUAACUUGAGGUUGGUCCACUAGCAUAAGGAGCAAUAGGGAAGUUCUUUACCUUGUAGGACUAGCAUUGCACAAAAUAUCAGGUUGAUCAGGAUCUCAUAAAAUAUGAUAUGUGGGUUCUCUAUAUACCAAUACUCCAGUGCGAUUAAGUAUAAAAAGAGUUUGCAGCAAAAAACACAACCUACUCUUCUUGCUUACAAAGGCAGAGCCUUGCAAACUCACUGUAAAGGUGAAGACUUUGCUUGCUUCUUUACCCCAAACAUUUACAGACUUGUGUUUUUAAACACAUUCAUAAUGAUAAAUUUGGCAAGUCAUUUAAAAAAUACCUUUUUUGGUUUUGUAUAGUUCGAUUAAGUGGUGUUAAAUAAAAAAACAACAAAUUCAUCCUAAGAAAAUAUAUAAACUACUGGAAUGAAAAGUUCACAUUAUGUUUACGCUGUUAACUCUGUUUCAUUGCUACGUAGAGUGAUAGCUUUAGAAACAUCUUGAAAAUAUUGUAUUCCCAGUUGUGGUUCAAACUGGAUUUUGUUUUAAAUUUAAAAUUAAUAAAAGUGAAAAAAUUACUAGCUUCCUCAGUGCCGUAAUUUUAAUGAGUACUUUUUCUUUAAAGAACAUUUAAUCUUUCUUUAUAAAUCUCACACGUCUGUUCAGCUGUCUAUAUUAUAUAAUUAUUUUUUACUGAGAGUACAUAAAAGUACUAUGAGUAGCUGAGAAUAACUGACUCAUAUUCCUACCCCUUUUUAAUUUUACUAAAUUUCAGUUUAACUGGUUGACUUCUUAUUUAGAAAUCAGUGUAUAUAUUUUUAAAUUUUAUGUUAAACGUCUCGAUCUUCUUAAACAUUAGUUUCGAUUAUUUUUAUUUCCCCAUCUGCCAGAAGAAAAGGAGUUGUGAUCAUAGCUAUGUAUAGUGGUAUACUAGAUAACACUCUCGAUUAUAGACUUUGCCCUAAUUACAGCUCCAGGAUUGGAAAUAAUCAAGAAAAUAAUCAUCUUAUGUUUAAAACCAGUGAGUACCAAUAAAUUUAUACUCAGGCAGUGCAUGUUUUCUGUUGGCAUUCAUUGGUGUGUUUUUUAUUCAUUUUAUUUAUAUGCUUGCCAAAGUUCUGUUCAUUAGUAUUCGGAAGGAAGAUUCAU